CCCCCAAGCUCAGGCUGGCCCAGCCUCUGGAGGAGAUGCAGCAUCUGUAAUUUACGGAGUUCUCCAGAACAGUCAGCCCUGCUGAGAGGAGAGUCCAACUGAGGAAGAUCUAGAGGCCAAAGGACAGCAGGGACCCAGCUGGACCCCUGGAGGCUCAGACAUCAGCAUCACAGGGUCUCUGUCCUGGGCUCUGGGCACACGUGUAUCCCGGAUUCUGCAGGGUGUCAGGAGAGACUGGACUUUGGGGUCAGGACAGGGCUCAUCUGCUUGCUGAAGCCUUGAGGCUGUGAGAGCAGGUCCUGCCUGGGAGGGGCUCCCCAGAGGCCCAGCCUGUGUCCUUGUCCCAGGCUGGGGAGGUCUGAGCCUGAGUGUGUGCAGAGACGGUGCCCCUGAGCUCAGUCUCCACCUUCACAGGGGACACUGAGCAGGGCCAGCAGUAGCCUCCUAGCCCAGGAUGAACACCACAGGUUUCUCUGCACUGAACGCCGGGCACUGGGCUGUGUCUCCAACAGCAGGAAAUGGAUUAGGGAACAGCACAUACAUUGAAAGCUCAAGUUACUAUGAUUUAUAUAUUGACUGGGAUAAAGUUCACCUGGUGACAGUGCUCAUCUGCCUCCUUGGCUUGGUGGGGAACGGGGCUGUCAUCUGGCUGCUGGGCUUCCGCUUAAAGAGGAACCCCUUCUCUGUCUACAUCCUCAACUUGGCCGUGGCCGAUGUCACCUUCCUCUUAGUCAAUGGUAUAUGGGCCGUAUGUUAUCUUUUACCCAAUUACAUAGAAGACCUUGGAGGUGUCAUAUAUUCAGCCAUUGACUCUUCCUCCCUGGUUAGUCUGAGCCUACUGAUGGCCGUCAGCACAGAGUGCUGUGUCUCUGUGCUCUGCCCCCUCUGGUACAGAUGCCACCGACCAGCCCAUCUCUCCUGCACUCUGUGUGCCCUCAUCUGGGGUGUGGGCUCCUGUUCAGUAAUAAGUGUGUGCUUGUGUUUCUUCAUUGUGGAUGUUGGAUGUCCCAUAGUUUUUUGGUUCUAUUGUGUCACACCCUUCCUCACCUCUCUGGUGCUCUGUGUGUCGAGCCUGACUCUGUUCAUCCGGGUCCAGUGCAGCUCCAGGAGGAGGCAGCCCAGCAGGUUCUCCCUGACCAUCCUGCUCAGCGUGCUGGCCUUCCUGCUGCUCAGGCUGCCUCAUAAUGUGUUGUACUUUGUUCUCUGGUUAUCACCAGAUGGAACAUAUAUUGAUAUUCUAUUUGCCAUCGCCAGACUCCUCCUGGUCCUGAAUAGCGCGGUGAACCCCGUCAUCUACUUCUUUGUGGGGAGACUCAGGCAGCCAGGGGGCCGGAAGCCACUCCGGGAAGUGCUCCAGAGGGCAGUGACAGAUGAGGAGGAGGAAGCUGAGCAGGACAGAGGGGUCCCUGUGCCUAGUCAGGACAGCCUGUGCCCCUGAGCCUGCAGUGGGCAGCUGUGCUGGGACUCAGUUCCUACCCAGCUGACAGGGCUGUGGGUCCAGGGUCUGGUCACUGACAAAGUCCUCCCAGCUGCCCAUUGGCUGUGGGCGUCAGAAUGGCCAGUGAUCAGGUAGUGUGCACAGCCCUGGAUGGCCCGGCAGACACAGCAGGCUGCCCCGGGGUCCAUCUAGCUCACUUCUCUCUGUCUCCCAUCUAGAAGUUUCCUGUGCUAGUCUGAUUCAUUCAGGAUCUCUGUGCCCUCUACUCUGGAGAGAGAGUCACAAGGUCCCACCUGUAGGGUCCCCUCUGGUCUGUUCUCAUGGCUGACCCCACAGGCCAGGCCUCUGACCUCCUCCCAUGCUGACCUGAAUAGCCCCCCAGGGCAUGUGCUGCAAA